CCGGGUUAGACGAAAGGUGGCCACACUUCUGGACGAGACAAAUGUUUACUUUCCAGAAAUAAACCACUGUUGUUAAUUAGUUCAAUAGGAAUAAAAUGGAAGGCAAAUCUAGCCGAUUGGGAGUCCACACUCCAGCUUUUGAUAAGAAAAAGGAAAGGCAUUCUGUUCAUAAAGAAAGACUUCAGAAGCAUUCCCAUGAAAGUUUCAGAGACUCCGUUUUGGCAAAUGAGCUGACUCCUAAGAGUGAAAAAAAGAGAAAGGAUUUUCAACAUCUCAUUUCUUCUCCACUGGGCAAAUCUGAACUCUCUGAUGAGACUGAAAAGGCCACUUCUAUGUCCAAAAAAAAGAAAAAGAAGAGAGAGAGGGGUUUGGGUGUAGACAAGGAAACAGGUAUUGUGUAUGUCCUGGUGGAUAAAGAAAACAUAGAGAACAUUCAGGAGAAUCUCAGUGAUGUCGAUGUUGUUUAUGUUGAUAAUAGCAAGGAGCAAAAGUCAACCAAAGAGCCUGAAAAAGAGGAACCAGAUUCAGAUAACAAGUCUGAAGAACUGCCUGUUAAAGUUAAGAAAAAAAAGGGUAAGAAACAUAAAAGGACAGUUGCAUCCUGUGAUGUUGUCCAGGAAAUCCCAUAUGCACCCCUUGCUCUACCCCAGUCAGAAGCACAUGAGCAGGGUUCCCUGUUUUCUGUGGGCCUAGAAAGUGAAAUGACUCAGCUGCCAGUAUCUGCUGAUAGAAAAAAGUCCAAGAAAAAAAAGAGAAAACGUUUAAGUCACCAGGAAUUUGAAACAGCAUAUGAGCCUGAGACUCCGGAGAAUGUGUAUUCUGAAGGGCCGCAAGUGGGCAGCUAUAUGGGAACUGCAGAAGGCAGCGAGGAGCCCACCAGCAUAAAGAAAAUGUCGAAGAAAAGGAAGCAAAUGUCUUCUGCUGGGAAUGCGAUAGUGUCUGCUGGGGAUAGUUUAGUGCACAGUCUGAGCGCUGAGGACAUACUCUUUGAUUCACUGGAAAGUAAUGAUACCUUAAUUGAAGAUGUGACAUCUGAGCCACAAGAGGAGGAAGCCCGAGUGGAUUCCAAAGAGGGGCAAAGGUUAGAAUCUACAAAUGAAGAAAAUAAUUUGGAAUCAGUUAAUGAUUCUGAAGCAAAAUAUUUAUCUGAAGAUUCAGGAGACUCAAAUGAUUCAGAUGUAGAUUUGGGUUCUGCUGUGAAGCAGCUCCAAGAGUUUAUUCCGGACAUCAAGGACAGGGCUGCCACUACAAUUAAACGCAUGUAUCGGGAUGACUUGGACCGUUUUAAGGAGUUCAAAGCACAAGGUGUUGCAAUUAAAUUUGGCAAGUUUUCUGCAAAGGAAAAUAAGCAGUUAGAGCAAAACGUACAAGAAUUUCUGUCCCUAACAGGGAUUGAGAAUGCAGACAAGCUGCUGUAUACAGACAGAUAUCCAGAGGAGAAAGCCAUGAUCACCAGUUUAAAAAGAAAAUACUCCUUCAGAGUGCACAUCGGUAAAGGCAUUGCCCGACCCUGGAAACUCAUAUACUAUAGAGCAAAGAAGAUGUUUGAUGUCAACAAUUACAAAGGCAGGUAUAGCAAAGGAGAGGCUGAGAAAGUGAAGAUCUACCACUCCCUCCAUGGCAAUGACUGGAAAAAGAUCGGUGAGCUGGUUGCUCGAAGUAGCCUCUCCGUUGCCCUGAAAUUUUCCCAGAUCAGCAGUGAACGAAAUCGUGGUGCUUGGAGUAAAACAGAAACCCAGAAGCUGAUCAAGGCUGUCGAAGAAGUGAUUCUAAAGAAAAUGUCACCCCAAGAACUAGAUGAGGUAGAUUCUAAACUCCAAGAAAACCCUGAAGGCUGCCUGUCAAUCGUUCGAGAAAAACUUUACAAGGGCAUCUCUUGGAUAGAAGUAGAAGCUAAAGUAGAAACGAGAAAUUGGAUGCAGUGUAAAAGUAAGUGGACAGAAAUUCUAACCAAGAGAAUGACAAGUGGACAGGCAGUAUAUCGUGGAGUUAAUGCCCUACAGGCCAAAAUCAACCUUAUUGAGAGAUUAUAUGAAAUAAAUGUGGAAGAUGCAAAUGAAAUAGAUUGGGAGGAUCUUGCCAGUACCAUUGGUGAUGUUCCUCCAUCUUAUGUCCAAACUAAAUUUUACAAGCUGAAAGCCACUUGUGUUCCCUUUUGGCAAAAGAAGACUUUUCCAGAGAUUAUAGACUACCUUUAUGAAACUAGUCUCCCUUUGCUUAAAGAAAAGCUUAAGAAGCGGAUGGAGAGAAAUGACAUUGAAAUUCAAACUCCUGCAGCUCCCAAGCAAGUGUUCCUGUUUAGAGACAUCUUCUAUUGUGAAGACGACAGUGAGGAAGAAGAUGUAAAUGAGAAAAGUAAUGAUGGAACUGAAAAAUAAUUCGACCUGUAGAACAAGUGCUUUACCAAGUGGAAAGCCCAAGGUUCAAACCCUGGCACCACAUUGGGAUCACCACAGCACCGGGGAAAACUCUGGAUGGUGGAACAAUGCUGUCAUGUCUUCUUGUCUCUACUAAAAAAGAAAAAAAAAAAAACAGAAGGAAGGAAUUGGCCCAGGGUCAGAGGAUUCACAUAUGUGUGAGACCCCUGCACUACAGAAAUGAGUAAAUGAUGAAUUUGGUUGCCAUAAAGAGGUAAAUAGUAUUGUCAAUAAAAAUUGUUA